AUGACGCAAACUUGGACCUUUCCGGGAGUUGCCGUUGUCACAGGAGCCGGUGGUACAGGCAUCGGUGCAGCUACAGCAAAAGCGUUUGCUUCGGCAGGAUGUGAAAGCAUCGCAAUCACGGAUCUCAAUUUUGCCUCUUUAGAUCAGACCCGGGAGGCUAUCCUCGCUUCCUACCCUCAGACGCGUCUUCUAGUCAAGGCGGGCGACAUAUCCGAUGAGAGCUUUGUCGAGUCUUUUAUCAGUGAAGUAGUGGCUGCAUUUGGACGGCUGGAUUAUGCAGUCAAUUGCGCCGGAAUCCUAGGAGACGCCAUGCGAACGACCGAGACAUCAACGGCGGUGUUUGACCAUAUCAACAACAUCAAUUAUCGGGGAGCUUGGUUCUGUUCUAGAGCAGAGUUGAGACAGAUGGUGGCACAAGAUCCCUCACCGAGCCAUGAUCCGAAUCGCGCUCCUCAGCGAGGGGCUAUUGUGAACGUUGCAAGUCAGCUGGGCAUAGUGGGACGCCCUAGUGCUCGUAAGUCCGAUCUUCUCCUAUUGCCCAAUUCUUCAGUCAACGCUCUCUGGUGUGAGCUAACUGCGUCGAAUUUGCUUCCAGCUGCGUAUUGUAGCUCCAAGGCUGCUGUCAUUGCGAUGACCCGCUCCGAUGCUAUCGACUAUUCUGCGGACGGCAUCCGUGUAAAUUGUGUUUGUCCCGGUGUAAUUGAGACCCCAAUGACAACGUACAGCGAGGAAAUCCGCGAGCACUUUCAGCCAGCAGUUGAAAUUGCCCCGAUGAAGAGAAUGGGGAAGCCGGAAGAGGUGGCUGAUUCCAUACUUUUCUUGUGUUCGACUCUUGCCUCUUUUGUACAAGGGCAUGCGCUUGUUGUCGACGGAGGAUAUAUAAUCAACUGA